AAUCAUCCCAACUUCACACCCGAAGAAGAUGGUGGUUGAGGAGGAUGAUGGUGGCCGCGGGGUGAAGGGAGCACCGAGUGCACGUGGUGCAUGUCGUGCUGGGCUGACGCCAGCUGAAGAAGCCAUGGUUGCGUGGCUGGACCAGCUCUCCAAGCGCGUUGAGCAGCGCCAAGAGCUUUUACAACGCCUGAUGGCACCCAGCGACCGCUUGGAUGACGAGGAUAACAAUGGCUCUGUAGAUGCAAGUUCAGCGUUGGCCACGAGCUUGUUUUUGGAGCAGAACGACACGGGGGCCCAUGCAGACGAGGAGGUGGCAUCUAGCGCGCUGGCACUGCACGCUGACCAAGAGCAGUUGCCGGGCCGCCACGUCCUCAGCUUCAGGGCCGCUGCAACUGAGCUUGCAGAUGUUGACGGCGAACCUGGUGAGACCGUAGGGGAGGAGGAGAACCCAAGUGCAACAGCUGCUGACGGUGUAGAUACGGGGCAGAAGGUUGAGCAGCUCCUGCAGGACUUGAUGUCAUCUGGUGAAGAGGACAAUGAAGAUCUAGACGAUGGCGACGAAGAUAAGCAGGGAGACAGGGACGAUGACGUGGAUGUCGCACAUGCUGAAGGCGACGAGAAUGAAGCAGAGGACCAACACAAUCAACUCCAGGGCUAUCGCGGAUCGCGCAUGUUCAUGAAGGGGAAGACGGGCAACACACCGCAGAACGAUUACAGCCAGCACUUUGUUGAUACGAAACAGCGACCGCAGAACUUCAUCCGUGAUGCAGAUCCACUCACGCGCUACCGUUGCUAUCCACGACUGGACACCCUCAGCCGCCUCAAGGAUGAUCUGCUUCGCGCCCGCAGCACACCGCCAAUGAGCAUCCGUGCUGAUCCGCUGUGUCUUGAUGCGUCUUCUCUCGGCACGUCGUUUGGCGUCAUCUACAUCGACGCGCCACUACCGGAGUAUGCGCGAAGGGCGCCCGGCCUCAAACUGGACACCGUGUCCUGGGAGGAGCUUGGACGGUUGGAUGUGCGCGGGCUGGCGGGGGAGAUUGCGUUUGUGUUCAUGUGGGUUGGCUGCUCGGAGGGACUCGAGAAAGGCGCGCAGCUGCUGCGGCGAUGGGGGUUUCGUCGGUGUGAGGACAUAUGUUGGGUGAAGACGAACAAACAGCAGCCGAGGCGGCGUGGGAUUAUGGAGCCGCACAGCCUUCUCCAACACACAAAGGAGCACUGCCUGCUUGGCAUCCGCGGAGCUCCAAACCGGAAGACAGAGCCGCACAUCCUGCACUCCAACAUGGACGUGGAUGUCAUUGUGUCUGAGGAUCCGCCCAUCGAAUCAACAGAGAAGCCGUCGGAGAUCUUUGCUGUGAUGGAGCGCAUGUGUCAAUCGAGGAAGCGGCUUCAUCUCUUUGCAUCGGGCACCGUCCGACCAGGGUGGGUCGGUGUUGGCAAGGACCUGCCCCAGACCGAUUAUGAUGCAGAGGCAUACCUGAAGUACAUGGAAGGCACAAUUCAGCCGACAAUUCAAGAUCGGCCCGUUGCAGAUAGCGGGCAGUCAAACGAAUAUGUGGGCACGUGGGAGAAGAUUGAAUGCCUGCGCCCAAAGUCGCCCCCUCGCCACAUGUCCAAGAAAAACAAACGGGGCAGGGGCUUCAGCAGCAGCAGCAGCAGCACUCGUGGUCGUGGUCGUGGCCGUGGCCGUGGCCGUGGUCGAGGCAUGAGUCGUGGUGGUCGUGGUGGUCGCGGUAUGGGACCUGGAAGGCGUGGAGGCUUGCACGGCUCGCCGCAUACUUUCACUCCACCAAAGUCGCAGUGGGAAGUUUGACCGGCAGGAUCAUCAUAAACGCGCAUCAAACCGAC